CCUUCCACGCUCCGCAGAGGCGAUUGACUGGCAGCUUUCCCUGUGGCCUGUGGUCCUCCGAGGAAGAGCCAUGUCUACUUUCCGCCUGGCCCUCAUCCAACUUCACGUUUCUUCCGUUAAAUCGGAUAACAUUACCCGGGCUUGUAGCCUAGUCCGGGAGGCAGCAAAGCAGGGUGCCAACAUAAUUUCUCUGCCGGAGUGCUUCAAUUCUCCAUAUGGAACGAACUACUUUCCUGAAUACGCAGAGAAAAUUCCUGGAGAGACCACACAGAAGCUUUCUGAAGUAGCCAAGGAGAGCAGCGUAUACCUCAUUGGAGGCUCCAUCCCUGAAGAGGAUGCUGGGAAACUGUAUAAUACCUGCCCUGUGUUUGGGCCUGAUGGGAAUUUACUGGUAAAGCACAGAAAGAUCCAUCUGUUUGACAUUGAUGUUCCUGGGAAAAUUACAUUUCAAGAAUCUAAAACAUUGAGUCCCGGUGAUAGUUUCUCCACAUUUGAUACUCCUUACUGCAGAGUGGGCCUGGGCAUCUGCUACGAUAUGCGCUUUGCAGAGCUUGCACAAAUCUAUGCACAAAGAGGCUGCCAGCUCUUGGUGUAUCCUGGAGCUUUCAAUCUGACCACUGGACCAGCCCACUGGGAGUUGCUUCAGCGAGCCCGGGCUGUUGAUAAUCAGGUGUACGUAGCUACAGCCUCUCCUGCCCGGGAUGACAAAGCCUCGUAUGUGGUUUGGGGACACAGCACUGUUGUGGAUCCUUGGGGGCAGGUCCUAACCAAAGCUGGCACAGAAGAAACAAUCCUGUACUCAGACAUAGACCUGAAGAAGCUGGCUGAAAUUCGGCAGCAAAUACCCAUUUUAAAACAGAAACGAGCAGACCUCUAUGCAGUGGAGACAAAGAAGCCUUGAUGUCUGUUUCAAAAAUGUCACAAGCAGGAUGAUGCUCUGUCAGAUGAUCAACUCUACUAACUCCUUUUUUGAACAGGGCCCUUUCAUGUUAAUUCCAUCAAUGAUCUGUGUCACAAGGCCCCCUAUUUUAUUUUAAUUAAAAGUUUCUUUGAAUGUGCCUGGUAACAGUGUUCUAGCUCUUAACUACUUAGUCUGAUGGUUCUUAGGCAUUUUAGUCUCAACAUCCUAUUGCACAAUUAAAACCCGAAGCCUCUAAGCAUUUUUGUUUCCAUGUGUACCUAGUGGUGGGCUGCUCUCAGCUGUCUGAGAAAAUGUACAUUUACAAGAACACUAAUUUUCAUGGUGCUAAUAUCCCAUCAACAUGACACUUUCAAAAACUUUUAUUAAAAAUUGUUUUUACAAUA